CCGGGAGCGGAGCGGCGUCCCGCCGGAGGAAGGCGCUUCGGAGCGGCUUGCAGGAAAAUGGGACCCGUUAAUGCCAGUGCAGAGAUUUCCCUUUAAUGAGACUGUAGAGGGAAAGGAACGGAGGAUGGAUGGCAUCGCGGACCCGAAGAACGUGCUGAAGCCCGGCAAAGACGCUGACCCGAAGAAAAGGAAUGGCUUGAUUAACACCAGGAACUUGAUGGCCGAGGGCAGGGACGGGCUGGUGUCUGUGUACCCAACCCCCCAGUAUCAGAGCCGGCCGACGGGGACGCUCUCUUCUCCGUGCUUCCCCAGGAGCGACCCAGUCCAGCAGCUUCUGGACCCCAGCACCCUGCCCCAGACGGUGGAGUCCCGCUACCACCCGAACAUCAUCCUCUAUUCGGAGAGCAUGCUGCGAUCGUGGGGGGAGAGCAUCAGCGCCGAGUGCUGCGAGACCACCUUCAUCGAGAACAGGUCGCCCGCCAAAGACGGCUUGGAGUACUCCGACGGCAGAUUUGUCAGCCUGUCCACCGACGAGAUCAAGAUCCACGCCCUCUCCUACGACCUGGAUGAGGACGACGACUUCCAGGAACUCGAGAGCGAUUACUCGAGCGACACCGACAGCGAAGACCACUUCCUCAUGAUGCCCCCCAGGGACCACCUUGGCCUCAGUGUCUUCUCCAUGCUGUGCUGCUUCUGGCCAUUGGGCAUCGCUGCCUUCUAUUUGUCACACGAGACAAACAAAGCCAUUGCUAAAGGAGACUUCCACCAAGCCAGCUCCAGUUCACGGCGGGCUCUCUUCUUGGCCGUCCUGUCCAUCACGAUUGGGACCGGCAUCUACGUCGGGGUUGCCGUAGCCCUCAUAGCUUACCUGUCUAAAAACAAUCACUUAUGAACGUCGAGGAAAUGGACAGCACCAGAAAGCCACAGGGGGGAGGGGCAUGACGUUUCACUGUUUUUGGCGGUGAAAAGGGCUGAUGCAACGUCAUAACGUCUGGAUCCCGGAGGAGAAAGCCGUGCACCUUUUCCAGCGCUUCCUGUCGAAUUUGAACGGGGCAAUCCCGCUGUUGUACGAAGCCAAGAAAUCCAGGUUCUUUCUAGCCAUUCAGUGCUGUCUUCAGAACAAGCGUCUGUUUUCAGCACGCUUGAAGUCUGAGCGGCGCUGCGUCUGUACUCCGCCGGCCGUAUUCCCUUGAACAUGGGACUCAUCUGUCAAAAGAUGAGGGACAUCAGAACGGGCAAGAUCGAUACUGGGAGGGGUCGCUGUUUGCUGCAUAAGAGGGCCAGCUCCUUCCAUGCUUUUGGGAUCGUGGAAUGACAACACAGCCAGCUCAGAGCACACCCAGGGCUCAAAUUCGCAGGCACCACCAAAAUGUAAAUGUAAAACAGGAGUAGCAUGGGGCCUUUUGAAACAUAUAUAUAUAUAUAUACACACACACACACACAUCUGUGCUUCUGUUUCAUCGUACCGGAGGAGACCCACCCGUGACGCCAAGUGAGGAGGCUACCUAAAGAGGCAGAUUCUGACGUUGUGAAUGGUGGGCUCAUGGAGGACAAUCCACUGGGAACUUUUUCACAUCAUGCUUUACUCCUGGACAGUUUCAGUGCUGCUGACUCAAGAGACCUUCCCGGAAGACUGCGACCCUGUGUCAGUGAAUGGGGAAGUGUGAGUUUGGAUAGCCCACCUCAGGUGCCAAAAUGCCGUGGCUCGUGUGGCCAACUUCUCCCCGGGGCCCGGAGUUCUCCUGGAAUUAUAAAAUGAUCUCCAGAUUAUAAAGGCCAG